UUUGAGCGGGCAAAGCAUUCGUUUCUGCAAGGCAGACGGUGUGAAACGAAUAGCAUUGCUCUUAAUUCCUCUCUCUGGUUCUGGAUAUGGAUAUGGAUCUCGGAAGAGUGACUUUGUGGCGUGGGACCCGCAGUGUUAAUGUUCGGCACAUGGACCUGACACUGGACAACAUUUCCCGGAUUUUUAAGCUGAUCCCAUCCACAAUUUAUCUAAUAAAGGACGGUGGUGAUGUCCUACUGCCCAGCACCACAGGCUACAUCGAUGAUGAUGACUUACAUCGAUGUGAGGUCUGUGGGGAUGAGGAGCGGUCUGAAGCGGUUCCUGUUCCUCCUGCAAGACAGCCAGCCUUCACCUUUAUGACAAGACCAUCUACAUCCACCGGACAUGCUGGGCCCCCUACCCCACGUCCUGCCAAACUUUUCACCAGGAAUAUAUUACUUGGAAGGGUGGAAAGAGGCAGCCUGACGAUAGAUGGUGCCUCACUCAUUGUGGAGUUCAGCCUGGCUGAUGCCACAAUUCCAGCAAUGUCUGAAAAAGUGAGGAGGGAGCUGAGGAGCGAUAUGGACAUUGUUCUAUGCGAUGGACAUGGGAACAAGUUAAAUGCCUUGUUCACUCGAUCCUUUGAUGAAAUUAAAUGUUUUAUUCAGGCAAGCUUCAACUCUUUUUCAAGAGGCCUAGCCUUCUGGAGACAAAAUGCCAGGAAGGUUGUUGCUGUCCCACAACUGGACUUUGAGGAGCUGCAAAGGAGGAAGAAGAGGAGGAGUGGUGUCACAGAGGAGAGCCACAUCACAAACAUGGAGGAGCUGGUCCUGGCAGCAGAACAGCUGCCAGCAAUCACCAAAGCCCUCCAAGACCUCGGACAAUUUGCCAGGGCCAAUAAAGUUAGCACAAUAGCCUUGACGGAUGAGGAGGUGGCAUCAGUCAAGGCCACAUUCAAAUGCGUCAUAUGCAGAGAUCCAAUGAGGAACCCUGUGGCAAGCUCAUGCUGCCGUGGCCUGAUAGGUUGCCAGGUGUGCAUUGAUCAAUGGGUGGCCCAUGAACCCAGCUGCCCAAAGUGCCGGGAUGCAGACUUUGUUACAAAAAUGUUUGAAAUGACAGGCAUGGAGGAGACUGUUCAGUUACUCAAAGACACUAUUCGUGAUUGAUUUUUUUAAUUUUCUUUUGUCCAUAUUUGGUCAUUGUUUGCGUUAAUGGUUAUAUAUGGUUCUUGUUGUUACUUGUUUAAGUUAGUUAAAUAGUUCUGUUGAGAUGUGUUAUGUGGUCGGAAUAAAUGACAUUGUGUUUGCA